AAAAAAUAUUAGAACCGUACUAAAAUCGAGACGUCCCAUCGUUCCUUUUCAGCCACGCGGGGAAGCUUACAGGACGCGGGAUCAUUCGCUCAACAUUCUUCACCGCAUUAACCACAGAUUUUCAAGCUGACUCCCUUACCAGCCAUCAUGAAGUCUCCGGGGCAGGAAGCCGGAGGCAACAUAAAGGCAAAGAAGGCCCCAAAGACCCCGAAAACCCCAAAGACUCCGAAAACCCCAAAAACUCCAAAGACCCCGAAAGCCCCAAAGGACGGCAUCGCCAAGAUGAACGACACAAACAACGUCAAUAACGACGGCCAACAGCGAGGGGGGAUGCGAGGCCGGGGGAGCCCACCGGGAAGGGGUAGGGGCGGACGGGGUGGCUUCCAGGGUGACCAGGGAGGCUUCCAAGGUGACCAAGGAGGUUUCCAAGGUGACCAGGGGGGUUAUCAAGGGGGGGCUGGCUUCCAAGGUGACCAGGGAGGUUUCCGAGGUGGAAGGGGUGGCCGUGGGGGGAGAGGGGGCAGGGGUGGACCGAGGGGUGGUUUCCGGGGCGGGUUUGGCCAAGGGGAAGGUAACCAACUGGGGGAUGGUAACCAGGGGAAUUUCCAUAGGAGCGAAGGCUUUCAGAGGGGCUUCCGGGGCGGUUUCCGGGGUGCGAUUCGGGGUUUCCGGGGCAAUCGUGGUGGUUUCCGGGGCAACAUGGGCGGUUUCCAGGGCAGAGGUAGAGGAGGCGGCGGCAGAGGUGGAAGAGGCGGCGGAGGAUUUUCCCAAUACCAGUCCCAGACGAAACCCAAUCGCAGGGAGUGUGACCCCACCUCUCUCUUCCUGACCUUUGAAAACUUCAUGUCAAGAAAUGAUGUGGAACAAAUUUUCAAAGCAAUGCCAGAGGGUGCUGACUUUGAGAUGGGCAAAAACAUGCGCAUCACCUUAGCAUCGGAGAAAGAUGCGAAUGAAGCAAGGCCCAAGAUUGCUGCUCUGAAGCUUAAGGUGCGCUCUGUGGAUAAUGCCUUUAUGAGGGGAAGCUUCAUUGAGGGUUUUAAAAGAAGUGCACCAGAGGAAGAAGGAGAAGAAGCUGCUGUCACCAACAAGAAGGUGAAGACUGAAGAUGGCACAGCUAAGAAGACAGAAGCUAAGAAGACGGAAGCUAAGGAACAGAAGGUGAAGGAAGAAAAGGAAGAAGAGGAGGAGGAGGAGGAAGAGGAAGAGGAGGAAGGUGAUGAAGAAGGGGAUGAGGAGGAAGAGGGAGAUGAGGAGGAAGAUGAAGAUGAGGAUGGGGAGGAGGGAGAUGGAGAUGAGGAUGGGGAGGAGGGAGAUGAAGAUGGAGAGGAAGGAGAAGAGGGAGAUGAAGAUGAGGAGAUGGAGGAGGAUGGCGAAGGCGGUGAUGACGACGACGAUGAUGAAGAAGGUGAUGAUGAUGAUGAUGAUGAUGAGGAAGAGGAGGAGGAGGAUGAGUAAAAUUGAAGUGUACAAGUGUGUGUGUGUGUGUGUAUGUAUAUGUAUGUAAGUAUGUGUGUGUGUGUGUGUGUUUAGCUAUAGUGUAUGUUGGUAGCUUGUUUCAAAGUUGUUUAUAGAACUUUAUCACGGUUUGAACUCUAUUUUUUACAGACAUACGUACCUUCUUAAGUGUGUAUGUGUGCGUGUGUGUGUGUAUGUGUGUAUGACUCGUGUGUAACUUUAAAAAAAAACCUACAAUUCGUAUUUUUAGUUUGUGAGUAAACAAGGAAAUAAUUUAUGUGUUUCUCUGGACAUUAAUAAUCAAGGCUAAGGUUAGGUUAGGUUAGAUGUGUAUCAAAGGCUCGUAUUCCGAAACAACUAUUUUCAAAGACCACAAGUGACUAGGCAUCAAUACAGUUUUUCCUACUAACACGGGAGAUAUUCUGUCAUUAGAACUGUACAGACCCUUAGAAGCCUGUGUCACUUAUGCCUGUAAUCAAAAACACCUCUCACUACAACAAUUUUCCAAGGCCAGAGACAACUAACUGGGUUUACAAGACAGUUUCUCCUUACAAUAAAUUAGAAAUCUUGCUAAUCUAUCACCAGAACUAGAAAUGCUCUAAAAAAAAUGUAUCUUCAACUGGAGCCUUUGGAAAGCAGUGAUGGUGAGGGCAGAGUUUUAAGAAUACAGGGCUUAAACUGCACCCUUUUUGAGUGUAUUAGUGGAGAUAGUUGUUUCUGAAUGUUGACUGGAAGGAAAGGUUCAGUGGGUGAUAGGAAUGGGCUUCAAUAUUUUGCCUGAAGUUCUCAAAGAUUUGUCAGUAUUUCUUAAGCUUGUAAGUUAAAGUGCCAUUGAAGGUUGUUGGUAAAAUGUAGAGGCAAGGAAAGGGGUUAGAUUUACAUGUUGAUUGAAGGGAAGGUGAAGUGUCUAGAAUUGCAAGGCCAAGUGAAGGAAAAGGUGACUGGAAAACUGUAUGGAUGUAUAAAUUCACUGAACAGUUAUGAUGAAAAAAAAAGUUACUUAAAAGACUGGAUAGAAAGUUUAAGUAAAAGUGGGUAUUGUUGAAGCUACAGUAAGGAAAUAUUUAAAAGUACAAAAACAAUAGAGCUUCAUUAAUAAGUUGAGUUGAAAGCCAAGAACCUGCAAAAAAGGGAAAUGAGAAGCUAGAUUUAAGGUAGACGGGAAAGAAACUAUAGAUGUGAUAGUAAAAAAAGUAAAUAAAUAAAUAAAAUACAAGUGAAAUGAAAAGCUGGAUUUAAGAAAUUCUAUUGAUGUAACGGAAAAAAAAAAAAAUAUUUACAAAAAAAAAAAGUGAAAGUAAAAAGUGUGUUUCAAAAAUACAAUACUGGGAAUGAAUGAAUGAAUGAGACAAUAUUCCAGUGAGUUGACGUGCCAAUGAGUGAACGAAAGACAGUUGCCUCGCCUCGCCUUGCCUUGCUAGAGACAGUUCGGUGUACAAGUUAGUUUAAUUGGUAUUGUUUUUGUCUUGAAUCUGUGUGUGAGUGAAGGAAGGAGCUGUGAAAACAUAGAGAUAGCUUUAGUAUUAUUUUUGGGCAUGUCUCUUAGAUCUUAGUGAGUGAGUGAGAGAGAUUGAGCAAAUGUGUGUGUGUGUGUGUAUGUGAGUGGAUUUUUUCAUCAUAUUCAUCAUUAUUAUUUUUGUCUUUUUGUUUUUCCUCUAACUUCUCUCCAUGUUUUAUCUCAUCUAGUUCUGUUUCUCAUUUGUCCUUAAGUUUUUGCUAUUCUCUUUAUUUUAACAUUAACCCUUUUUUUUAUCAUCUUUCUCUCUUCAAAUUAUCUUUAAACACAUUAUUUCACCCUAUUUCUUUCUCUUUCUCAGCUAUUUAUCAAGUACUUAAUUUUCUCUUCCUUCUUCAUCCAUCCCUUUAUUUUCUCUCUCCUUCCUUUUCUACCUCUCAUUUUCCUCUCUUCCUCAAAUCUUUAAACUUAUUAUUUCAUCUUAUUUCCCUCUCUCUUUCUCUCUCAAUGAUCAAAUUUUUCUCUCCAUCCAGUUCUCUUUCUCUCCUUUCUCAUCAUCUCUCUCUCUUCUCCAAAUCAUUAAACUUGUUAUUUUUAUCUUAUUUCUCUCUUUUCUCUUUUCAUCUAUCAAUAUUUUCCCAUUUAGUUUUCUCCUUUUUCUUCCUCUCCCUCUAUCUCUCUCUUCCUCUCUCCUUCAAAUCUUUUAAACUCAUUUUAUCAUUUCCCGCUUUUAACCAUCAACAUUCCCCCUCCAUCAUCUGCUUCUCUUUCAAUCACACACUUGUCUCUCCAUCUUCAUUGACUCCUCCUUUUUUCCUCUUCAUAUCCAAAAAACAAACAGUGGAAUAGCAAAACCAGACUUGUAAAUUUUGCAAACUUGUCUGUACACGUGUUUUGCUCAGAGGUCAACCAUGCGGGACACAAAAGCUGGUGUGUUCUGGUGCCUCUCUGUGUGUUCAGGUGUGUACUGGCAGAGGCACACCAGGUUAAAGUUAGCACCUACACCACUAACACCACAACCACCACCAGUACCAGUGCUGUCCAUAAUGAAGUGGUGGUGAUGGUGAACUGCUAAUAAUAAUGGUGUUUUUGUGGAAA